GGCGGCGCCGAGCGCUGAGCGGGCGGGCGGCCGGCGAUGGGCGAGGGAGCCCUGGCCCCGGGCCUGCAGCUGCUGCUCCGCGCCUGCGAGCAGGGCGACACCGACACCGCGCGGCGCCUGCUGGAGCCCGGCGCAGAGCUGGCCGUGGGACCCGAGGCGGGAGGGGAGCAGGCAGGGCCCGAGGCGGCCCGGGCGGCGGAGGCCGGAGCGCCGGUACCGGUGGACUGCUCGGAUGAGGCGGGCAACUCGGCGCUGCAGCUGGCGGCGGCCGGUGGCCAUGAGCCACUCGUGCGGUUCCUGCUGCGCCGCGGAGCCUCGGUCAACAGCCGCAACCACUAUGGCUGGAGCGCGCUCAUGCAGGCGGCCAGGUGUGGGCAUGCCAGCGUGGCACACCUCCUUUUGGAUCACGGGGCUGAUGUCAACGCUCAGAAUCGGCUGGGUGCCAGUGUGCUCACCGUGGCCUCUCGGGGCGGCCACCUGGGCGUGGUGAAGCUGCUGCUGGAGGCGGGCGCCAUUGUGGACCUUCACAGCCCCUCCGGCGAGUCAGCAGCAAUGGGAGGCAGCAGGGAUGAACUGCUGGGCAUCACGGCCCUGAUGGCUGCCGUUCAGCAUGGGCAUGAGGCUGUGGUGCGCCUGCUGAUGGAAUGGGGGGCCGACCCCAACCACACGGCCCGGACCGUGGGCUGGAGCCCACUGAUGCUGGCGGCCCUCCUUGGGAAGCUCAGUGUGGUGCAGCAGCUGGUUGAAAAGGGAGCCAACCCCGACCACCUCGGCGUGCUGGAGAAGACAGCCUUCGAGGUUGCCCUUGACCGCAGGCACAGGGACCUGGCUGACUACCUGGACCCCCUGACCACCGUGAGGCCGAAAACAGAUGAGGAGAAGAGUCGGCCUGACAUUUUCCACGCACUGAAGACAGGAAACUUCCAGCUGGUCAAGGAGAUUGCUGAUGAAGACCCCAGCCACGUGAACCUGGUCAACGGGGACGGGGCGACCCCGCUGAUGCUGGCAGCGGUCACAGGCCAGCUGGCCCUGGUGCAGCUGCUGGUGGAGAAGCACGCGGACGUGGACAAGCAGGACAGCGCGCACGGCUGGACGGCCCUCAUGCAGGCCACCUACCACGGAAAUAAAGAAAUUGUCAAGUAUCUGCUAAAUCAAGGGGCUGAUGUUGCUCUUCGGGCCAAAAAUGGCUACACGGCCUUUGACCUAGUGAUGCUGCUCAACGACCCUGACACUGAGCUCGUGCGACUGCUGGCGUCCGUGUGCAUGCAGGUGAAUAAGGACCGAGGCCGGCCCAGCCCCCGGCCGCCCCUGCCCCACUCGAAGGCCCGGCAACCCUGGAGCAUCCCCGUGCUGCCUGACGACAAGGGAGGACUGAAGUCCUGGUGGAGCCGGAUGUCCAACAGGUUCCGAAAGCUGAAACUUAUGCAGACACUGCCACGAGGGCUGGCUGCCAAUCAGCCUUUGCCUUUCUCCGAGGAGCCUGAGCUGGCACUGGACUCCACCAUGCGGGCGCCUCCCCAGGACAGGACAGGCCGCCUUGGACUUCCGGAAGUAGCCCAUGCAGCCAAAGACAGCGGUCCUGGGAGCUCAAGAAGAGAUAAGGAAGACGCAUUACUGACAACCAUGCUGCGGAAUGGAGCUCCCUUCCCCCGGCUUCCCAGCGACAAGCUGAAGGCCGUCAUCCCGCCCUUCCUGCCCCCGUCCAGCUUUGAGCUGUGGAGCUCUGACAGGUCCCGCACGUGUCACAACGGGAAGGCAGACCCCACCAAGACUGUGCUGCCCCCAAGAUCCAGCAGGGCCCACCCCGUGGGCUGCGUGGGCACAGACACCGCUGCUGGCAGGCCGGUGAAGUUCCCCAGCAUCUCCCGGAGCCCAGCCUCCCCUGCCAGCUCUGGGAGCUUCAACCACUCACCUCAUUCCUCAGGAGGUGCCAGUGGUGUUGGGGGCAUGAGCAGGCUGGGUGGGGAGCUGCAUAACCGCUCAGGUGGCAGUGUAGACAGUGUCCUGUCCCAGAUCGCUGCUCAGAGGAAAAAAGCAGCUGGCUUGUCUGAGCAGAAGCCCAGCCAGCGCUCCAGUCCUGUGGGGCCAGCCCCCGGCUCCAGCCCGCCUGAGCGUCCAGCCUCCCUCGUGGGCAGCGGAGGGGACUCUUCCAGCAGCAAGAAACUGGAGCCCAGCAAACGGCCUCCAUCUGGAACUUCUGCUACCUCUAAAAGCACAUCCCCCACCCUCACGCCGUCCCCCUCUCCCAAAGGCCACGCUGCAGAGUCCUCGGUGUCUUCCUCAUCAUCCCAUCGGCAGUCUAAGAGCAGCGGAGGCUCCAGCAGUGGCACCAUCACAGAUGAGGAUGAGCUGACUGGAAUCCUCAAGAAGUUAUCACUUGAGAAGUACCAGCCCAUCUUCGAGGAGCAAGAGGUGGACAUGGAAGCCUUCCUCACGCUCACCGACGGCGACCUGCAGGAGCUGGGUAUUAAGACGGACGGUUCCCGGCAGCAGAUCCUGGCCGCCAUCUCUGAGCUGAAUGCAGGCAAGGGGCGUGAGAGGCAGAUUCUUCAGGAAACCAUCCACAACUUCCACUCUUCCUUUGAGAGCAGCGCCAGCAACACCAGGGCCCCUGGCAACGGUCCCUGUGCCCAUGGCUGGAUGGGUAAGGCCGGAAGAAGCAGUGUCUGGCAAGAGGUAGCUGUGGUUUUGAUGGUUCUACUGGCGCCGGAGCCCUGAGACACUGAGGCUUGGGCAGAGAGUCCCUGCCCUUCUGUUGUGUCUGCCCCUGGGCUAUUUCUUCACCGGGACAGCAAGUGGGCAGCAAGAUGGCUGACCAGCCAAACCGUCAGAGCUGAUGCAGCAUGCAGGGGCCUGGGAAGCCCCUCAGGCUGAUGCUUUGGACUGGCCUGAAGAUGCUCAGGCCAAGAUGGAGGCCACAUGGCUGCAGAUAUAGACCCUAACCUCUACAUCCAAGCAGGUGCUGCCUUCAAGACCUGGCACCCUUCUAGGAAAGAUGCAACACAGGUGAGCCCCUGCCGAAGGUGUGGUGAAGCACCCCACUGUGGCAGUCACCAGAGGGUCCUAUUCAGUGUGUGAGGAGGCCUAAUGCUGUCCGUAAGGAAGUUGAUACCAAGUUCUGCAGAUGCCAGGGAAGAAGUGCCAAGACCCUUGGGGCUCCACACUCGCUUUCCGGCUUCCUCCAGAAGACUGCCAGGCUCCCCGCUGUUGGGGCACUGCUCUCCUGGAGCAGACGUGGACACACCUGUGGUUGAGGCGCUGAGAGACAGAUGGACCGUGAGGUGAAGGUUGGGAGGGGCUGUGGGUGCAAGGCCGUACAAGAGAGCACCAAGUCCCCUUUCCCUGUCUCCAGCUACUCCUGCCCCGCCCAAGAGGAGCCAGGUCACCCCCAAAGCAGGACCCUGUUCCUGCAGGAGCCCCCACACCCACACACAAGACCAGUAGACACAGCCCCAGCCGUCUUCAUCAGGAUGCCCUGGUGGCAGGGCUGGGCUGUGACUUUGUCCCAAGCCACACUGGGGUGGCUGCAGCCGAUGGUUGGAGAUCACGGUUCUAUUUGGGUUCAGCCCUGCAGCUGGUUUCCAUUUUCUUCAUACCAGACUCACAUCGUUUCCACACAGAGACUUGAUUCUUGGGAAGAUGUUUGCUUGCCAAGCAGCAUAUAUUAAAAAUGGAGAUGUGUC